CGUCAUUUUCUAAAUUUGACCGGAAGCACAGUCUUAGCAGAGACGGUUAGAAUCUUUGGUCUUAGCCUGCUAACUGUCGAAUCUCACGGACGUCUUCUUCAUCUUUGGUCUUGCAAUGAUAUAACGAUGAACCGGAUUCGUAUCCACGUGCUACCUUCCAGCAGGGGAAGGAUGGUGCAGCCAGUGCGCCCUAUCGAGCCCCAGACUUGCUCAUACAGUCACCGACCUUGCUCCCAACCAUGCCUUGAUGGCCUUGAGUUUUGCAUCAAACAUGUUCUUGAGGACAAGAGUGCCCCUUACAAGCAAUGCAGCUAUGUCUCGAACAAGAAUGGAAAGCGUUGCCCUAAUGCUGCCCCCAAGCCAGAAAAGAAAGAGGGAGUGGCUUUUUGCGCAGAGCACACCCACAGAAAUGCACUAGCCCUUCAGGCACACCUGAGGAAGGCUUCCUCUGGUCCGUCCCCAGAGCUGCUUCUUUCCCAGCUGAGUACUUAUGGCCGGAGCAACGCUGAAGUGUAUAGUGUGGAAUGCACAGAUGAGGACAGCUGGAGUGAUGAGGAACAGGAUCCUGUAGUUCUUGAUCAAACAUGGAGGGGUGACCCAGAUAGUGAAGCAGACAGCAUUGACAGUGACCAUGAUGACCCUCUCAAACAUGCAGGUGUUUAUACAGCUGAGGAAGUGGCCCUAAUCACACGGGAGAAACUUAUCCGGUUGCAGUCCCUCUACAUUGACCAGUUCAAACGUUUACAGCAUCUACUAAAAGAAAAGAAGAGACGGUACUUGCAUAGCCGUAAACUGGAGCAUGACGCCAUUAGCACCGAUUGGCUCGUGAGUGGUGUCAAUCAACGCAGGAGAGUUUCACGGACGUCAACAUUAGGUAGCAGUUUGUUAACUGGGCCUGAGGGCCUGUCUCUGAAGGAGCGUGAAAACUUGCGCAAACUGAAAGCUCUACGAAGAUACCGGUACCGUUAUGGUGUUGAAGCACUGCUCCAUCGCCAGCUCAGGGAAAGACGGCAAGCGGUCACUGAUGGAUUAUCACAGGCUCACUGUCUUCGCCUCAGUCAAAGGUGUAUCUCCUUUGUAGAGGGCACACGCUGCUCCAAUCAGUGUCUCCCCAUGACCAGACAUUGUGUGUCUCAUAUUUAUCAAGACAGCAGCCAGGUUCUAUUUAGGAUGUGCCCAGGUCUGAAGGAUAUGCCAUGUGAUCGCCCAGUUCACAUGGGUCAAUCUGAGGAACCUCAUUGUCCACUGCAUUCAUCCCUUCCACCACCCAUGUACCGUCCUGAAGAGGCACCACUGACACAGUCACCAUUGCUUCCCACACCUUCCGAGCUGUAUCUGAGUACUGCUGAGCUACAGCCAACAGAAAAUUUGCCCCUCGAGUUCAGUGAUGAUUUGGAUGUGGUUGGAGAUGGCCUGCAGUGUCCUCCCUCCCCACUGCUCUUUGACACCGCACUGGCUCUAGAGGACCAAACCAUACGCGCCAUCGCAGAAGCCCCAAUGGAUAUCCUUACAGAGGUGGAGUCAUCUGAAUUGGAUGCCCGUAUCCCUGGAGCAGAUAUCUUGGAGAGGGAACAGGUCUCUGCUGAUGAGAUUUUCUCUGGAAGGAAGUUGACCAAAGAACCAGCAAGGACAGCCCAGCAGAACUCAACACAGACCAGGACAGGACAAUGGACACAGGACAAGGGUGUAGCCAGUAGAAUAUGAUUGAUUAAAAGACAUAGUUCUCACAUGCUGUAACGUAUCUACUGCUUGCUGUCUCAUUUGCUACAACCUUCAAACCUCUCCAAUUCACUAUCUGGACACGUUGUUCUUGUGAGACCACUGGAUUUUGAUUGUGUCACUGAACAUGAAACACUCCCUGCUUGCAUUGCCCUUCAAAAGCCUUAACACGCUUUUUAGCAUUAAUAGUGAUUUCAUGUAAUUUGGACAGAACAAUUUGAGUUUGUAUUUCUCUUAAGACGGGAGAAAUGUGGUUAUUUUCAUGUAUCCACCAAUACAAGUUAUUUAAUCUUUCUCAGACUGUCAUUGGAGGAAGAAUAUUUCCAGGUAUCUUGUCCAAGUACAUGUUCUAAGCAUAUCAAACCCUCUGUUUCUAAGUGUGUGCAUGUCCAGGCAUCCUAGUACAGUUACCACAUCUGUGAGCCAAAGCCAUAAGGUAUGAUUUUGAAUUCAUGGAAAAUAUAAAUAGUGGACCUAAAUAGUCACAUGUUAGAUUGUAGCGUAAUUUCACAGUAUAAUGUCUUCAUUUUUUUUCAGAAAUUAAAACAUACAUUAUGCGCUGGCCCACAACGAGGAGAUUUUAAGAGACUUACAAGUAUUUGGUUGGUUGUGGCAUUUAACAUUAGCUGUUGCCUGGGCAGGGUUAAGGAAUUAGAAGGCUUGGGAUCAAUGCCUGUUUCCUGCAUUGAUGAUAAAUGAGAGCAAAUAUCACAAUUAUUAUCUGCAUUUUUCACAUAGACAAAAUUGAUGUAAAUACAUGGACUUAAAGGAACAUGCCAACUUUUGGGUAAAUUAUCUUCUCUACCCCUUGCUGUCUCUGUGUGCACUUUGUGUACAAUAACCUGCCAUAAUCAACAUUAUAUUGAAGGGUAGUUUCUUAGUUACAGUUGAUUUCACUGUUACAAAGCCUGCUUGUUAGUUCAGUCAUUGUUUACAUUGAUAUGGGAUGGUGAUAAUAAAUAAAUAAAUAAAUAAAUAAAUAAAUAAAUACUUCA